AUGUCUGCAUGUAACACUACCUUUCUCGAGCUCACACAAUUUCAAGCAUGGUUACAAAGCUGGUCUCAAUCAUUAGAAUUAUACGAUGAACGAUAUUCCAUUGAUGGUCUAUUCGUAUGGAAAGAAAACUCGUUAGAACUCUACCACAAUAUUCUAAAACAUUUGGAUGAUGGUUUUGAUCAAUCGGAACAAAAUCUGAAACGACAACAAAUGGAAUCAUUAAUGAAACAAGAAAAUAUAACAAGGCUUGAUGAUUUAUCGUCCUCUCAUAAAACUCAACUCUCAGCCAUUGAUGAAAAAAAGCUGGAGAGAAUUCAAUUGCCGAGCCUUGUGAGCUUGCGGGAUCAACCUUUAACGAAUUUUAAUCCUCAUCCGAGGAGUAGUAGCACGGGUGAGGGAGGUGAGGAUAGUAACACCACCUAUUCUCAAAAAUCUCAAUCCAUCGAUGAAGAGGCAACCGAUCAAGAUCCCUUUAUAAUUUUCGAUGAUUUUGUAGACCCUCAACAAGGGAACGAUUUUGUAGACCCUCAACAAGAGAACCAUUCCAGUACUGCCUCGAAAAGUGAAUCUGACUGUAAUGCGGUUGUAUCCUCAUCAUCAUUGUCAUCAUUCAAUCAAAAAUCUUUUCUUCAUUUGUUGGAAUCAAAAAUGUUUCAUACGAGUCGAGGAUAUAUUUACGAAGAAUAUGAAAUGAAAAAUAAUUACCCAUGUAUUUAUUUGAAACCCAAUAGUGAAUGGAGUGUAUUUCCGUACUUGAAAAAUGUUAUUAGAUCCUAUACACAGUUGCCAUACAAGAUUAUUACUCGUGCUGUGAAUUUUCAACAAGUUUUAAGCGAUGAUGGAAUACAAUUACCAUUGUUUUAUGGAAGCAAGGAAAAUUUACAAUAUGAAAUUCAUACUUGUCAUGACAGUGAGAAUUGUGCCUUGAAUUAUAUUUCUGCAAUUAUUUGGAAAUCAAACUUUUUACAUGUUCUAUUGAAUAUUUGCAACCUAUUUAAUGGAAUCACCUAUAGAGUAUUUCCAUGGAGGACGUUUUCUCAUUGUGAUGACAGUUUGGCAUUUGACAUAUCUCUGCCGUACAUUAACACGUUUGUAAACAUUGCUCACACUCACUACUAUUCCAGGACCUUCUCUGAGGUCUAUAACAUACAAUAUCGAGUUAAAGUGGAUAAUCACGUAGCUCCUGUAUUUCAAACGUGUGGAGUUGUGUCAUCAAGAGUGAUUGGAGCAUGUGUUGCAUCAUUGUCUGAUGAGAAGGGAUUACGGCUCCCUUCCUCCCUUAACAAGUAUCAAAUUGUCAUUAUUCCAAUAUUGAGCAAGUUAGUCGACACUCAGCAGCUUUAUGAAAAAAUUUCUGAAAUUGAAAGCAGAUUUUCCAAUUUCGGUUUUAGAGUUUAUUCAGAUCUUAGAUAUGGCACGAAAAAUGUUGAGAAAUUUUAUUAUUGGGAAUCUCGUGGAGUUACAUUGAUAUGUUCAGUAGGAAAGAGUGAAAUUGAAAAUAAUAGCGUUACUGUCAAGGGAAGAAUUUCGAAUGAAAAAACUUCCCUAUCAUCCGAAUCUUUUUCAAGAGAUGAUAUUAUUCAACUGUUGAAAAAAGAAGAUAUGAGCCUCCAACAUCAAAUUCAGCAACGAGUGAAAAUUAUUGAGUGCUCAACAAUGAAUGAUCUCAUUGAUGUAUUUAAAAAUGGAGUGAUGAAAACGAGAGAAUGCAGCACAGAUCCCAAGCAACGAAAGAAAGAACAAAUGGAAUUUCAUGUGAAAACAAUGACAUUGUGUCCAUUCUACAUUGUUAUUACGCCCAUACAUUUCGAUCCAACAAAUCAUGCACGAGUGAGACAGUUUCAUCAUGCCAACGAAAAAUUCUUUAAGGAUUGUUGUGCUGAAUUUAGAGGUUUUAUUCCAUUUGGUGAAGAAGGGUCAAGUUUUUCUUCGAGUGCUGCGAAUUGGCAUUUACAUGAUUGCAUGCCUCGCUACCAGCACGAUUCUGAGAAUGGCUCUGUGACAAAACGUUGCAUCAUUUCAGGUGAAGAAGCCAAUGCAUGGAUGCUGGUGGCUAGAUAUUGA